AUGAAGACAAACUUAAUUAUUUCUUUAGUUUUUAUUAUUUUUUUAAAUUCUAAAUCAUUGGUUUAUUGCGGAGAGCAAAUACCAAUUACGUUACAAUCAGUUGGUUUUCAGAGUACAUAUGAAACUUCUUUUAUUUCAAUUGGUACACAACAAAUAUUGGCCAAAUCAAGAGGAGUUACUGCAAUUGCAUUUAAUCCAAAUGACGUUAAAACAUUAAAAAUUUUAGCUGAAGAUACUCACCAUUGGGUCAAAGAACCUGAAACUCCAUCAACCAACUUACUCAGUUGGUUAAAAGAAAUUGAAUCAUUUUCACCAGGUUGGGUAGUUGCUAUGGUCUCAAAUGACGAUUCAUCACUUUCCAUGGGUGGAGAUUUAAAAACCUAUUUGUCAAAAUUUGGUUUAGGCUUUGAUUUUAGAGGAUCAUGGUUACUUGCCCUUCAAACUAAUGGUGUUAAUUUUAAAAAUUUAGGAAGUAGCUUUUCUUUGGUUGCUGGUUCAACUGUUUCAAAGAGUCUAUUAGUUUCUAAUAAUUAA